AUGAAGUCUUCCGUGGUGCUGGUGCUAGUGCUGGCGCUCAGCGCUGCUCAUGUCCAAGCUUCAGUGCAAAAAGUCUUGGGGCUCCUGAAGGAGAUGAAGAGCCAAGGAGAAGACGCACUCGAGAAGGAAGAGAAACAGCAUGCAGACUAUACCGCGUUCUGUGAAAAGACCCUCUCCGAGAAGGAUCGCGCCAUUGAGGAAGGCACCGAGCGCAUCGAACGUUUGAAGGCGGACAUCGAGAAGUUUGAGGCCUCGGUCACGACCUUGACCAGUGAAUUGCAGGCGCACCAGAAGGAGAUCGAGGUGGCCCAGCAGGACUCCGAGAAAAAUACUGCUCUGCGACAACAAGAGGAGUCAGACUACAGUUCCACCCACCAAGAGUACCAGGAGUCCAUUCGUGUCGCGGCCGGACUAGAGGGUGCCAUUGGCGAGGCCUUGGAGUUGUUGAAGGCGCAGAAGGACUCAGAGGCAGAGGCUGCCAUGGCCCAGCUGAAAGCGAAGCUGGGGAAGAAGUUGGAGGUCUUCGAUCCGCUCGGUUCUGAGACGCGGAGCUCUGCGGUGGGAUCCGCCUACGAUUUCCAGUCCCAGGGUGUGGUUGAGAUGCUGGAAAAGCUCCAAGUGAAGUUCUCCGAGGAGAAGGAGGCCCUAGAGACUCUGGAGACCAGUAAGAAGAGCUCUCAUCAGCAGGUCAUGGACAGCUUGGCCAAGCAGGUCACCACUGCAAGUGAAGCGCAAGAAGAGAAGACGCUUUUCAAGAGCAAGGCCCAGCAGAGCUUGGCGACGGCCAAGACCGAUUUGGAGGAGGCUGAGUCCACCUUGGCGGAAGAUGUGAAGUACAAAAAGGAUUUGAGCUUCGACUGCCAAAAGAAGGCCACGGAGUUUGCGUCCAACCAGAAGUUGAGACGCGAGGAGCUGGAGGCAAUUGAGAAGGCCUCCGAGAUCAUUGCAGGGAAGACAGUGGCUGGAGCCCAAAAGCACUUGGAGUCAGGUUUCCUGCAGUCCACCUCCCUGGCCCUGCUCCGCACCGUCCGCCGCCUGAGCGUGUUGAUUCAGCGGCUGCGAAAUGCGGAAGCCGGCAAGAAUGAGACACUGCAAGGAGUGAGGGAGGUGUUGCAAAAGUAUUUGGCCAACUUGGAAGCCGAGCGACGAAGUGAGAUUGAACACGAAGGCUUCUGCCAGAAGGAGCUCAGCCUCAACAAUCGCACCCGAAAGCAGAAAACGGCGAAGAUCGAGAGCCUCACGGCCGAGAUUCAGCAGCUGCAGUCGUCCGUCGCAAAGCUGGCGGAGGACAUCGCAGAGGCGUCCUCGCAGAUCACGGAGCUCAGCACCGCCCUCUCGGAAGCCACGCGCCUCCGCAGCGACGAGAAGGCCCAGAACCGCCGGACCCUCUUUGAGGCGCAGGCGGCGCAGGAGGCGGUGACGGAGGCGCUGAAGCUCCUCCAAGAUGCCUUCGAGAAGAGCGAGGGCAUCUCCUUCGUGCAGGAGAACUCGAAGACAGGCGUGGUGAAGCUCUUGGAGACGGUCUUGGGGGAUUUUUCGAGACUGGAAGCCGAGACGAAGGCUCAGGAGAAUGCGGCGGAGCAGGAGUUCAAGACCUUCAAGGCGGACUCCAACGCGGACAAGGCCAGCAAGCAGACGGACGCGGAGCAUUUCGACGAGAAGAAGUCGGAGCAAAGCAGAGUCUUGGCCCAGAAGGAGGCUGAUUUGGCUUCCUCGGAAGCAGAGCUUGAGUCUGCCGAGCAGUAUCACAAAGAGCUGGCAGGACAAUGUUUGUCUUCCGACUCGGAGGCUGCCCUACAGAAAGCCCAUCGGGAAGAAGAAAUUCAGAACUUGAAAACGGCUCUGAAAGAGCUGGAGCAAUAGGCACCUGUCUACCUGGCGAAGGUAAAAAGAAGGCCGCCUUGAGAUGUCGUAAGUUCGAAGAUGUUGGAUGUCAAGAGUCAAAGCGUGAGUCGGUGCAAGGCUCCAUUAUAUAGACCACCAAAAUAGAUAGAAAAGUAGCUCCC